AUGUUCCAACCUGAGCUCCGGAACCAAGGCAUCCAAUUUGAAUUCCGACUUGAUAAUUCCUACAUAGACUAUGGCAUUGACUGGGUCAAGGCAGAUCUAACCCGGAUCAGCCAAGUGGUUAUCAAUCUAUUCUCAAACGCAAUCAAAUUCACCAAGACCAGGGGCACGAAGAAAAUCGCCCUCUCCAUGGGUGCUUCCCUGGAACGACCGCCGUCAUACCCACCGAAUAUCGUCUUCUUCCAAUCAGACGAGGCUGCAUUACGCCUGGACGCAACCAGUGGGCCGGAAUGGGGCACAGGCGAACCGGCGUACAUCAUGGUCGCUGUCAGUGAUACUGGGAUUGGGAUCAGCCCUGAAAGCCAGAAAAGGCUCUUUGAGCGUUUCAACCAGGCGACUCCCAAAACAGGGGUAGAAUAUGGUGGCUCGGGGCUGGGAUUGAACGUUUGCCGGAAACUCUGUCAUUUGCACGGGGGAGAGAUUGGAGUCAGCUCUAAGGAAGGGGAUGGCAGUACCUUUGGGUUUUUCUUCAAAGUUCUUCGAAGUUCGCGAGCAUCCCACGAUGAAAAGGUAGCACAGGAGGAUGAGCCGGGAAUGGACGAGUUGCGCAAUCGACUUGGAUCACUUGGCCAUAAAGUGUCCGAAGCCGAGCAGACGAAUCCCAAUGAUUCUGAUUCCGAGAUCUCAGCGAAGCCUAUUGUGACACAAUCGUUAGAGGUGAAGCCGAACGCCGCGGACGACGGAAGGACAGGCGACGAGCGGACACGAAAUACGGCCAAGAUCGCAGAGACCGACGAAGACCAGGAUGCAAACCGACAAGAAGCCGCCAAUGGUGAUUUAUCAAAUGAAGACAAGCCAAAGACAGAAUCUUCUGGACCUUCCCAUGGGGAAAGUGAAAAAAUACGAAUCCUGCUAGUCGAAGAUAACAUCAUCAACCAGCGCAUCAUCUCCCGCAAGUUACAAUCCCUUGGUUUUGAGGUCUCAAAAGCCAACGAUGGCCGUGAGGCCGUUGAGAUAGCUCAGACAGGUGGGUUCAGCUGCAUUCUUAUGGACAAAGAGAUGCCUGUUAUGGAUGGAAACGCAGCAACGAGGGCUAUUCGACAAUCGGAGCAUAGAAGCAUUGCAUCCGUUCCAAUCAUUGGUAUCACAGCAAAUGUUAGGCCGGAGCAGGAGGCCGAGAUGAAGCAGGCGGGAAUGGACAGUGUUAUUCACAAGCCUUAUAGAAUGGAAGAGCUUGUGGGAAGUAUCAAUCAAGUAACCAAUAAAGAAGCAUGA